UUGUCGUCAACCCAGCCAGUCCUCCAGCAGUCAGGCAGCAUCAUUGUCCAGACCCUCAUCAGCUCGCAACUGUCACAGGGACUCUGCUCCAUCAUUAUCAGAAGUCAGUUCUGUCAAACAGGCAUCCAGCAUUUCAAGUUCAGACCAACACAAGCCAAAGAUUCAGUCUCCAAAGAAAGAGGGCAUAUCACGCAAGAAGAAUUUUUUGCGGAACCAUGUGAAGAGUAGAAACAUUGAGCAGAGUGAAAUGGAAAGUUCGCCACCGAAAGAAAGAAGUGACAAGGAUUAUAAAAGACCAUCUCCUGAUCGGGAAAAGAACCACGAACAGGAUGUUCCAUUUCCUCAAAGUGAAAACAAAACACGGCCUCUUCCAGUACCGAGAGUCAAAGCCAGUGCAAGCCCUCCCCAGCAGAGACGAGACAGACUUGGGUCAGCCGACUUCUCUACCAGCUUGAGUGUGUCUAGUUCAACAGAGGACAGAGAGACUCCCAGAAGUCUGCCAAAUUUGUCUGCCAGACAAAGAAGAAGACAGCAGAUGAAUGAGUUUGCUGAAUCAAAAGAUAAUCCAAACUCAGCCAGGAUCAAAUUGAAACGAGCACCAGAAAGAACUGAAUCAGAUAAAGUCACAAGGACAGAGAAAAAAGAUUUGCAGGUGGAAGCCAUGGAUCCUCCUAGGCCAAAACCAACAAGACAGCCUUCUAUCCCUGACAGCACAAGUUCCUCUGAUGAGUUCCUAAAAGUUGCAGAAAAGGAAGGCCCCAGGGAAAUAGAAGCCAGAAGGGAAAAUAAGGAGAUCAACAACUUAAUCUGUCUCCUGAACACCACACUUCAGAUGAAUAAUACAGCAGAAAACUCAGAUGAAGAAGAAGAAGAAAGGGCAUUAAAACCUGGUAAAAAGAAGUCUGAAAGUUCCUUACCUCCCCCACAGUUGGCACAAGAGCCCACUCUGAAUCAUCAGAUUCACAAAUCUGUGUCAAUGCCUAGUGUUGAAACAUUAACAGACACAUCAAGAUUGAUGCAGAGAAUUAGAGUGCUGCAUUCAGACUGCAUAAAGGGCGUUGGUUAUCAGGCACUUAAGAAAGCCUAUGAAAUCCUGAACAAGAUAGAUGAAGAUGAAGUGGAGCCAAAACUUGUUGACCUUCUUGGAAAGGAAAAGUUUGAUGAAUAUGCAGGAAAAAUCUGGCAACUCAAGUUCUGUGAAGAAUCAUUGUUUAUAUCCUCAUGA